GGAUACCCAUGUCCUUAAUUGAGCCAGGUGCAAAGUAAGUAAGUGGUGCCCACUCAUGGCAGCUCUGUCUUUUGAAACAGCCUGGUCAUUUCCACAAAAGCCAAAUAUUUCUCCUGUGAGAAUUAGUUUCAUUUCUGGUCCUUCUUGUCAUAAUGAGAAGGUGGAGCCUGUAAAUAAAAAAGCGUCUGAAGAAGUUUCAGAAAGUCACUGCUUCUCCUUUCUACAGGACACUUACAAGGAAGCUGCACCUCAGAGUGGUUGGACCAAUAUUUAGUGAGGCACUAUGGACAGCAUACGUUCAAGCCCAGUAAAUCAGCAGACCAUGGAUAAAAAGAAAGCAGCAUUCAAACAACUUUCUGAAAGAACCAACAAUACCCUAAAGAAAGAGGGGUUUGUAUUUUCUUUUGUAAAACCAUUUCCAGAAGCUGCUAAAAUUCCUCUCCCACCAGAGGAACCAGAAGAAGAUCCUGAGCUGUCAGAGAAGCUGUUUGAGAGUAAACCUAACUAUGACCAGGACUUGGAAAAAGAGUUUUUCAGAGAAGAGGACAAGGCUGCAGAGCACACCUUGUACAACAAAUAUGAGGAGAAGAUCCGACCCUGCAUUGAUCUUGUUGACAGCUUGAGAGCUCUUGGAAUAGAAAAGGACCUGUCCUUGCCUGCGAUUGCGGUGAUUGGAGACCAGAGCUCCGGGAAAAGUUCUGUCCUCGAAGCCCUGUCUGGUGUUGCUCUCCCCAGAGGCAAUGGUAUUGUCACUCGGUGUCCCUUGGAACUUAAACUGAAGAGGUUGCCUGAAGGGCAGGCCUGGCAAGGGAAGAUCUCCUACCAAAAUGUAACCCUGGAGCUCCAGGACGCCUCUGAGGUGGACAGAGCAAUAAGGCAAGCCCAGGAUGUUGUGGCUGGUCCUAGAGGUGCCAUUAGCGGGAAAUUAAUUUCCCUGGAAGUUCGGUCCCCUGAUGUUCCAGAUCUGACACUAAUUGAUCUUCCUGGAAUUGCCAGAGUGGCCGUGGGGGACCAGCCAAAAGACAUCGGGGACCAGAUCAAAAUACUACUUAAAAGAAUUAUUGGCUGCAAAGAGACAGUCAAUUUGGUAGUGGUGCCAUGUAACGUGGAUAUUGCAACAACAGAAGCAUUGAAAAUGGCUCAAGAGGUGGACCCUACUGGAGAAAGGACAAUAGGAAUCCUCACAAAACCUGACCUCAUAGACAGGGGAACUGAAGAGGCUAUUGUUAAAAUACUGCGAAACAGGGUAGUCCCCCUCAAAAAAGGCUACAUCAUUGUGAAGUGCCGUGGGCAGCAGGACAUCCACAACAAACUGACCUUGGCUGCUUCAAUCCAACAGGAGAGAAUCUUCUUUGAGAAUCACAAACAUUUCAGGGCUUUUUUGGAAGAAGGAAAGGCUACUAUCCCCCAUCUGGCAGAGAAGCUCACAGAUGAGCUUGUGAAACACAUUAUUAAAACUUUGCCAGCACUGGAGAGCCAAAUUCGUGACACCUUCCACAAAACAUUGCAGGAUCUGCAAAGGUACAAUAGAGGCACACCCCAAACAGAGUCUGAGAAGCUGUUUUUCCUCACAGAUUUGAUCAAACUCUUCAACCAAGACAUCUCUCAGAGCACACGGGGAGAGGAGCAGUUGUUUGGGGAGGAGGUCAGACUGUUCACCAAGAUCCGCAAGGAGUUCCGCUCGUGGAACAUGAUUCUCCUGGAGUCUGCUGUGAGGGCUAAAAAAACCAUCCCUGGUAAAGUGUGGAAAUAUGAAGACCAGUACCGUGGACGGGAGUUCCCAGGCUUCAGCAACUACAGGACUUUUGAGGACAUUAUAAAAGAGCAGAUCAGACAACUGGAGGAGCCAGCAAUUGAGAUCCUGAACAACGUGAUGAAACUGGUUGAAGAGAAAUUUAUGGAACUCGCUAAAAGGAAUUUUGCUAAUUUUCACAAUCUAGAUAGAGCUGCCAAGAUGAAAAUUGAAGACAUUAGAGACAAACAAGCAGUGGAGGCUGAAAGACAUAUCCGGGCACAGUUUAAAAUGGAGAGAAUCAUGUACUGCCAGGAUGACCUUUACACUCAAGAUUUAAAUACUAUUAAGGCACAAAGUGCUCUCAACAUGUCCUCCGGGAAAGAUCUGCAGUCUCAGAUUGCUCCAAAGGAGUCCUCUGUUGUCAUGGAGAUGGUUUCUCACACCAGUGCCUAUUUCUCUGAAGCAAGUAAACGCCUCACCAAUCAGAUACCUCUGAUCAUCCUGUCUUCUGUCCUUCAUGACUUUGGAGAAAAGGUGCAGACCUCAAUGCUGCAACUUUUGCAAGAUAAAGAGAAGUUAAACUUUCUCCUCGACGAGGACUCUGAAGCUGCUAAAACCAGGAAUUGCCUCAGCCAAAGAGCUGAUCGUCUCACCAAAGCCCUCCAGUACCUGAGAGAAUUCAGCUUGUUGUAAUUUCUUUGUUUUUCAUAAGUUUUUUUCUCUCUUCAUCUUCUAGCAUUACUGAGGAAUUUUGUAUAAUCCCAUAAAAAUGUAGUGUCAGCCCAGACCUUUGAUACUAAUUUCUAGUGUUCAGUUUUUCUUUAUUUUCCAUAAUCAUAUGCAAACAGCUGCCUUUGCAUAAAGAGCUCCACCGAGGGAGUUGUGAUUAAAUAAACAUUAUCCCAUUUUUAAACAUUUCUUUUGUGAACUCUGUGCAACCACUGGAAUAAUCAUUAAAAAGCUAACACUCUGAGGAUUA